CCAAAUUACACUCAAGUGGGCUUUUUGUGUUUCUUCCCAUAAAUUCAUUGACGCGAAAAAUAAAAACAGCAAAUCUACUCCGUCGUGAACCACCGCCGGAAAAUCAAAAUGCCACCCAAAUCGGAAACCCAACCGGCAUCAUCCACCGCCAAAACCCAAUUUUCCGAUCCGUCUGAUGACUACUCCAUCGACCCAAUUUUCCACAUCCUCCGUAUCCUCCCAUUCUCCUUCCUCCGCCCUCCAAAGCUCCGUCUGAAAAUCCCAUCGGUGACUCUUCCCUCCGCCAUGACAGUUUUCAGUCUUAUCCUUCUUACCUACUUUAUGGUCGUCUCUGGCAUCGUUUAUGACGUCAUUGUUGAACCGCCGGGAAUUGGAUCAACCCAAGACCGGUUCACCGGAGCUGUUAAACCGGUGGUGUUUCUUCCGGGUCGAGUUAAUGGUCAGUAUAUUAUUGAAGGACUCUCUUCUGGAUUCAUGUUUGUACUAGGUGGUAUUGGGAUUGUGCUUUUGGAUUUGGCAACUGAUAAAAACCGAGAAAAGAGUGUCAAGGUUUCUUUUGCAUCAGCUGGGAUUGUGUUUGUUGUUAUUGCUUAUGUUAUGAGUAUGUUGUUUAUCCGUAUCAAGAUCCCAGCUUAUCUUCGCUGAAAGUUUUAAUCUUUAUCUUUGUUUUAAUAAGCACUAUGUUAUUUUUAGGAUUUCUCUGAAUGGAUUUAGUUUAAAGAGCUUGACAUAUGACACUGUUUUGUAGAAGAGGAGUAAGUGAAGUUGUUUCGGGUAUUUGUGCCUUUCGGUAGAUGUUGGUUAUUGAACUGUAUGCAAUCUUGGAUCUCAUGAAUGCUUAGUAGAAAAUUGUUGUCUUUGCUUA